AUGUCACACGACCGCAAGCCAAUUCUCAUCAUCGGUGCCGGAGUUGUUGGUCUUGCACUUGCCCAUGGCCUCAAAAUGCUUGGCAUACCAUACCGAAUCUACGAGCGUGAUGCUCAUAUCAGCUCUCGUGGUCAGGGCUGGGCCAUAACACUUCAUUGGGUCCUCCCAUUUCUGAAGGAGCUUUUAUCGGACGACACUUUCAAGGACGUCGAAUCCGUCCAAGUCGAUCCAGAGGCAGACCGUCAAGGACUCGGAAAAUUCGUCUUUAUCAAUCUUGAAACCCUAGAGCCAAAGUUCCUCAUUCCACCGGGUGAUCGACGACGAGUCAACAGGGAGAAGCUACGGAAUGUUCUUCUCAAGAGCGUGAGCGAUCAAGUCAUGUGGAGCAAGCGCCUCACCUCGAUCCGUGAUAAAGACGAUGGGGUGGUGGCGAUGUUCGACGACGGAACCCAAGCCGAAGGGUCUCUGAUAGUAGGCGUCGAAGGCAGCAACUCAAGCACACGAAAAUUCUUGGCGCCGGAAUCCUACCGAAAUAUUCGGCUGCCCAUACGAUUCACAGGUGCCGCUCUCGAUCUCACGCCAGAGCAAGUGAAGCCGUUGAAAGACAUCGAUCCUUUACUCUUCCAGGGAUGCCAUCCCGUCACAGGGACCUUUUUCUGGUUCAGCAUGCUCGAAACACCAAAAGUCAACGGUACGGCAGGAACAGAUGAUGAACACUAUCGCGUCCAAGUCAUGAUAUCAUGGCCUUUGAAGACACCAGACGACGAGGUAGGCGUUACAGACACGGAACGCUUAGCAAACAUGAAGCGACGAGCAACAGAAUUCAAUCCCGUGUUACGGGAUGUUGUGCACAGAAUCCCCGAAGGGUCUGAGGUGAUUGAGAUCGUCCUUCAAGAUUGGCCAUGUCCUCACUGGGAUAACCACCAUGGCAAAAUUACUCUUGCUGGUGACGCCGCUCACGCAAUGACCAUGUAUCGAGGCGAGGCUGCGAACCAUGGCAUUCUCGAUGCGUAUCGCUUAUGCAAAGCAUUAGAAGCGGUGUAUCGCCAAGGAAAGGACCUUGAGGAAGCUAUUGGAGAGUACGAGACGGAGCUCAGAGAGAGAACGAGUGUUGCCGUCUUGUUGAGUAGACAAGCUUGCUUGGAUGCACAUGACUGGGCGGGGUUGAAUGAAAAUUCAGCUGUGCUGAAGAAAAGGGCAGUUGCUGGUGUUUAG